AACACCCUAACUUUUCGCUGUUCGUUCUCUUUCUCUCCCAAAUGAUGACAUUAACAAAAUUCAAGUUUUUAACUUUCUGUUUUUUCUUUUCUUUUCUCUCUGCCAGAGAGAGGAAGAGAAUACUGGGAUUUCUUGAAGAGAAAAGAGAGAGACCAAAAAGUGUUUGAAAGCAUUAAAUUAAAAAAAAAAAAAAAAGGGUUUUGCUUUUGUGUGGUUUUGAAGGGUGUGUAUAUAAUAUUAUGAAUUUUUUUCCAUGGAAUCCAUGAGAAAGAGUGCUAAUAAUAUUAUACCCUCUUCUUCUACCACCCUACAAAACCCAGAAGCAGUCUCUCAUCUCCAAGAGAGCAUUGCGUCUGUUCUUUCUCGAUGGACCGGCUUGCAAAUGGCCGUCCAUAACCAAUGGGGCGGACAUGACUCUUUCGAGAAAUCCCGAAAACUUGCUGCAGACAUCUUCUCUUGGCUGUCUCAGUCCAAAGCACGGCUUUACGUGGAAGACGUAGAGAAUUUUCUCCAUGAAUGUAUGCUUCUCACUUUCAACACAGAUUUGGAGGAUGGCAGCAUCGAGGAGGUAGCAGAAGAAUUAAUGAGUAUACAUGAAGAGUACUUGCAAGGAAAUCAAUCAAUGUGAAGGGAACACACAACCUUAAAGUUCUGUAUAAUAUAAUAUGGUUGUCAGAGUACUAAAUUGUGAAAUUGUGAAACAAUGACAAAAGAUGUGAUAUAUCAAGAUGGUAUAUACAUAAAGGAAUUGGUAUUUCAAAAUACUAAUUGUAGACCCCUGUUUUUCGCUUUUUGGCUGGUAGGCACUUUGAUAUAUGCAUAAUUGAGAGGUUGUAUUAAUGGUACUGGACUAUGUUUGCAAUAUAUGAAACUUCAAGUACUUAACAUUCAAUCUAGCUAUGCUAUUUGUUAAGCCAAAGUUAGCUAGUAAUAUGUUUGUUAAUUCUUACUCUCUUGAUUAUUAAUUUUA